CGGGCUGGUACCAUUAGACAGUCCAGUGGGGACAUUGAACUAGCUACUGAUUAUUGUUUUAGUCUAGACACGGCCAAUUUCGAACUGAGUUUUUUACUGUCCUCAUACACAAAAGAAGCAAACAAAGAAAUUAUUUCCUUCAAACUCAAUACAAAUAUUAAACAAAUUAGCAUUUUCAUCCAAGAUUUCAAACUAAUACCAGCUAUGAAUGAAUUACAUUUAUGAUUUAAAGUGUAAAUAUUCCUCCGAAUGUUAAUUUUCUCUUCCAAGUUUCGACACCGAUAUUGACUUCCGUAUCUGAGUUGACACAAUCGUGUCUUGUUACUUAUGGAGCAAUCAAACCAAACCACCAAGUCCACAUUUACAUUUGUUGGAGUCAACUCAACACCACGUGUCAUUGUAUAUUAUCCAAACAAGCACGUAUAAGUUCGUGACAAGUUGAGUAAAUAGAAUCAGUAAACAGAAACAAACCCAUUCAAACUUCGAGUGCACCAUUUCCAAUAAACAUAUGUAUGUUGAGACAUGAAAACAAUAUUUUUAAAAAGCUAUUUCAAACAUCUAGUAAUUAAGACAUUGUCGCAUUUUAGGUUUACAAGUAUACGCAUAUAUGGAUUCAGCACCUAAGAUCAUCUAUAUAUUGAGAGCUAUAUCUCAUAAGUUUAUUACCUCUCCAUCAAAAUCUAAUUGAAGAAACAAUACAAUUGUUUUAAGUUAAAAUAUAUGGCCAUGAAGAAUCUCUCAUUUCUUGCAGUCCUAUCUCUCCUAGCCUUAACUCUUCCAUUAGCCAUUGCUUCUGACCCAAGCCCCCUUCAAGACUUCUGCGUCGGCGUCAACACCCCAUCAGAUGGUGUGUUUGUGAAUGGAAAGUUCUGCAAAGACCCAAAGCUCGUCACCGUGGAUGACUUCUUUAUGGCAGGGCUUCAAAAUGCAAGACCCGUAGCUAAUGUAGUCGGGUCGAAUGUCACAGCCGUUAAUGUUAACAACCUUCCAGGGUUAAACACCCUUGGAAUCUCACUUGUCCGCAUAGAUUAUGGAGUAAAUGGACAAAACCCACCUCACACCCACCCACGUGCUACCGAGAUCCUCUAUGUUGGACUUGGACAACUUCUUGUAGGAUUUGUCACAUCGAACGGAGAUGGAAACCGUAUGUUCACAAAAACACUCAACGAGGGUGAUGUAUUUGUGUUUCCAGAAGGACUAAUUCAUUUCCAAUUCAAUGUGGGACGUUUUCCUGCGGUUGCAUUCGCUGCUCUGAGCAGCCAAAACCCAGGUGUUGUCACUAUUGCCAACUCUGUGUUUGGGUCUAACCCUGCGAUUGACCCAAAUGUUCUUGCAAGAGCAUUUCAGUUGGAUCCAAAGUUCAAGAGAGGCAUAAGAACACCUUUACAUGGACGGCUAGGUGCUAAGCCUAAGAGUGUUGGAUUUGUGCAAACCAUUCUUGAAAAGGGGAACAUGGUUGUCACAUUUUGUUCUGGUGAAGCUCGUGUGCUGGCAAGUGAAGUUGUUAAGUUGAUUCCAUUGGACGGGGGUCAGCAUGUAAGACUCAGGAAAGAUGUUAGAGAGCCAAUCACGUGA